UUCUAAUUAUGAUGCUUUGCGGCCUUGUUUUUAUCACGUGGGCGGUAAGCGUGCGUGGCCGCCAUUUGCAAAUUGCAACAGAUUCUCGAAUGUCGAUAGUCGAAGAUGCUAAAUCAAAAUGAACUUCAGUUUCACUUGAAUAACGCGUUACAAAGAAUUAGCCAGUUGGAAAGUUCAAAUAUUACUCCUAAUAGUCCGCUUGGUUCGACGAACAACUCCAGCAGAAACAGCGGCUCGACCGGCUCGACUUUAACGGAAGAACUGCAAAGGAGUUUUCCAAGCUUAGCAAAUCACGCAGCAAUAAGUUCAACAUCAACCCAAACGCCAUUGAGUCGGGCUUCAACGUCGCAUCUUUCUGGCAACAAGAAAAAACGAAAGCGCAAAUCGACGACCUCUAAAUCAACCUUGAAACCCAAAGCAGUGCACAAAGACCUGGUGUUGGUUCCGGAACCAACUCAAACUUCAGUUCCUACUCAUUCUUCUCGUGUUUCGUUGGAAAGUGACGGUUUCGUUAUUCACAGCUUUCCUUUUGUAAGAGAAUGGGAUGAUACUAAUUUAAAAGAAGAAAUAGAAAACGUUUUUCCGCAGAUCCAAAAUUGUGGUUAUGAAUAUGUGAAGGCCUCAUAUGGAAAACUUGUUUUACCAAAUUUAGCCCCUGGGGUGACUAUGAACUGCAACAUGCUCUUGAAGUUGUCAGGCCAAGGUGCUGUUUACAUACGCUCCAAUGAAAAACUUAGUGCUUGUAGUGAGAGUGACAAUUCUGCUGAUGAUGAAUUGCUGAAACCAGCAUUAAUUAAGCAAGAACCAGAAGUCCUGGAAAUUCAAUCUAAGUCAGAUAUUGAAGGAACAGGUAACUGGAGCUCAGGCAUAAAUUAA